CUGUAUUCGGAAUCUCAACACGGUUUGCUUGCUGCAGGCGGGAAGGCUCUAGGCAAUCAAGUCAUCUUAAAAUGACAGGGGACCGCCACUGUUGGGCCCCUUGGAAUCUCGUUGCCUACUCUUUUUUACCAGCCAAAUUGGGCUUGUUGGAAAGGUUUUUAAUCACGCCGUUGGCUAUUUUCGGUCGGGCUUUUACCACCGUUGGAGUUGUUUUCAUUGCGGGCGCUUCUGCAAGCAAGAACGGCCUGUCACCAACAUCCCGCUUCCCGAUAGUGACCGUCUGAUAGACUGCGCCUCGGAGGACCGUGAUAUCUCUCGCCAAGAUCAGGGAAGAGCGUCGGGACCGAAAGUUAUGGGACCAGCCAACGCCGAAGACCAGCAUAAAGCAACAUUCGCCGUCCACAUGUCAAGCUUCUCGAGUCGCACCAUGGACAAGUCGUCUGUGCCCUUUACUGUCCGGGUUCUCGAUGACGCCGUCAAUCCCGCAGUGACAGUGCAGGAGCCAAGGGACUGGAGCGAUCUGCUACCGGCAACGAGCCGAACCAAGCACGAUCACAUCACCGUGCCGCAAGCCGACGACAUUGAGUUUCUGGAACAAGAGCUGCUCGUCCGACGACUCAACGAUGUCCAGGAUCUUCUCUGGAUCUGCGGCCGUCCAAUGCCGCCUCGGCCUCUCCAUUACCAGACGAUAUCGCGCGAGAUCCACAUCACAGAGAAUCCCGAACUGCAUCUCGUCUGGGCCAAGAAUCGAAUCUUCGUCAAGCCAAUGCCACGGUGGCUGCUGAGCCCAGACUUCUGGGCCGCCAACUUGGUCGAAGCCUCGGGCAAUCAGUCUGAUCCACGGAAGCAGCAGCUUGUCUCCUGCGCGCUCGGUUUCCUCUUCACUUACACAGCCCUCAUCGCGUACGAGAGCGAUUUCCGCAUAGCCGUCGAAAGAGGCCUGCUCCCGGAUCGGAUGAACUGGUACCAAUGGAAGGCAAUAUCGGCCCAGAUCGCACAGAACCAUUGUUAUGCGUCCGUCAACCCCCGGUACUGGUACGGCGAGCUUCGUCUCAGUCGGCUGAACAAGAUUUACCGCGUCCGCCUGGGAUACCUGCUCCGGGGGUAUUCCAAGGUAGUCUCCCAUGCCGUGUACGAAGAUUUGAUUCGGGACAACUUUGCAACGCUGGCGGCGAUGCUCGGUUAUGUUGUCAUCGUCUUAACAGCGAUGCAGGUCGGCUUAGCCACGGACAGACUCGUUGGUGACAGCGCGUUCCAAAGUGUGAGUUAUGGCUUCACAGUCUUUUCGAUUCUUGCGCCACUCAUCGCCGGCGUAUGUAUAAUUGGAAUCGUAGUGGUCAUGUUUGUGAGUAGCUGGGGGGUAACGAAGGUGUACGAGAAGAAGAGAUUCCAAGAGAUGGGUGUCGAGCCAUUUUGGAGAUUUCAGAAGGCAGACAAUCAGUACACCAAGGUAGAAUCGAAGCAAGAGGCUAGAGGGUAGGAUGGCAGUAAGAUAGAUA